AUGGCACCUGUUACAAUUGAAAAGUUCGUAAAUCAAGAAGAACGACACCUUGUUUCCAACCGAUCAGCAACAAUUCCGUUUGGUGAAUACAUAUUUAAAAGAUUGUUGUCCAUCGAUACGAAAUCAGUUUUCGGUGUUCCUGGUGACUUCAACUUAUCUCUAUUAGAAUAUCUCUAUUCACCUAGUGUUGAAUCAGCUGGCCUAAGAUGGGUCGGCACGUGUAAUGAACUGAACGCCGCUUAUGCGGCCGACGGAUAUUCCCGUUACUCUAAUAAGAUUGGCUGUUUAAUAACCACGUAUGGCGUUGGUGAAUUAAGCGCCUUGAACGGUAUAGCCGGUUCGUUCGCUGAAAAUGUCAAAGUUUUGCACAUUGUUGGUGUGGCCAAGUCCAUAGAUUCGCGUUCAAGUAACUUUAGUGAUCGGAACCUACAUCAUUUGGUCCCACAGCUACAUGAUUCAAAUUUUAAAGGGCCAAAUCAUAAAGUAUAUCAUGAUAUGGUAAAAGAUAGAGUCGCUUGCUCGGUAGCCUACUUGGAGGAUAUUGAAACUGCAUGUGACCAAGUCGAUAAUGUUAUCCGCGAUAUUUACAAGUAUUCUAAACCUGGUUAUAUUUUUGUUCCUGCAGAUUUUGCGGAUAUGUCUGUUACAUGUGAUAAUUUGGUUAAUGUUCCACGUAUAUCUCAACAAGAUUGUAUAGUAUACCCUUCUGAAAACCAAUUGUCUGACAUAAUCAACAAGAUUACUAGUUGGAUAUAUUCCAGUAAAACACCUGCGAUCCUUGGAGACGUACUGACUGAUAGGUAUGGUGUGAGUAACUUUUUGAACAAGCUUAUCUGCAAAACUGGGAUUUGGAAUUUUUCCACUGUUAUGGGAAAAUCUGUAAUUGAUGAGUCAAACCCAACUUAUAUGGGUCAAUAUAAUGGUAAAGAAGGUUUAAAACAAGUCUAUGAACAUUUUGAACUGUGCGACUUGGUCUUGCAUUUUGGAGUCGACAUCAAUGAAAUUAAUAAUGGGCAUUAUACUUUUACUUAUAAACCAAAUGCUAAAAUCAUUCAAUUUCAUCCGAAUUAUAUUCGCCUUGUGGACACUAGGCAGGGCAAUGAGCAAAUGUUCAAAGGAAUCAAUUUUGCCCCUAUUUUAAAAGAACUAUACAAGCGCAUUGACGUUUCUAAACUUUCUUUGCAAUAUGAUUCAAAUGUAACUCAAUAUACGAACGAAACAAUGCGGUUAGAAGAUCCUACCAAUGGACAAUCAAGCAUUAUUACACAAGUUCACUUACAAAAGACGAUGCCUAAAUUUUUGAACCCUGGUGAUGUUGUCGUUUGUGAAACAGGCUCUUUUCAAUUCUCUGUUCGUGAUUUCGCGUUUCCUUCGCAAUUAAAAUAUAUAUCGCAAGGAUUUUUCCUUUCCAUUGGCAUGGCCCUUCCUGCCGCCCUAGGUGUUGGAAUUGCCAUGCAAGACCACUCAAACGCUCACAUCAAUGGUGGCAACGUAAAAGAGGACUAUAAGCCAAGAUUAAUUUUGUUUGAAGGUGACGGUGCAGCACAGAUGACAAUCCAAGAACUGAGCACCAUUCUGAAGUGCAAUAUUCCACUAGAAGUUAUCAUUUGGAACAAUAACGGCUACACUAUUGAAAGAGCCAUCAUGGGCCCUACCAGGUCGUAUAACGACGUUAUGUCUUGGAAAUGGACCAAACUAUUUGAAGCAUUCGGAGACUUCGACGGAAAGUAUACUAAUAGCACUCUCAUUCAAUGUCCCUCUAAAUUAGCACUGAAAUUGGAGGAGCUUAAGAAUUCAAACAAAAGAAGCGGGAUAGAACUUUUAGAAGUCAAAUUAGGCGAAUUGGAUUUCCCCGAACAGCUAAAGUGCAUGGUUGAAGCAGCGGCACUUAAAAGAAAUAAAAAAUAG